UCUUAGCGGACUCCACGAAAGYGUGGACCAUCGGUGGAAGCCGCAGCGCAAAGAGCCCCGAGGCGUGAGGAUGGCGAGCCCUAAAGCCCCUGGGCUCUCCUGGGAGAUCACUUGGCUAGCUUUUGCCCUCUAUGCUCAUCUGCAGACAGGAGCAGAGCAAUCCCAAGGUGCAUACUUCUUGCCUGAGUUUGCACUUUCUCCACAGGGGAGUUUUCUUGAGGAUACCACGGGGGAGCAGUUCCUCACCUACCGCUACGAUGACCAGAGCUCCAGAACUACCCGCUCAGACGAAGAUAAGGAUGAUUCCUGGGAUGCCUGGGGGGCCUGGAGUGAUUGCUCACGGACCUGUGGAGGGGGAGCCUCCUACUCACUGAGGAGGUGUUUAAAUGGCAGGAACUGUGAAGGUCGGAACAUUCGAUACAAAACCUGCAGUAGUAAUGACUGCCCUUCGGAUGUUGGAGACUUCCGAGCGCAGCAGUGCUCAGCCUACAACGAUGUCAAAUUCCAGGGGCAGCUGUACGAGUGGGUCCCUGUGUACAACCACCCYGCUGCACCCUGUGCCCUCAAAUGCCAGGCUCUGGGCAAGAACCUGAUUGUGGAGCUGGCCCCAAAAGUGCUGGAUGGCACCCGCUGCAAUUCGGAGUCCUUGGACAUGUGCAUCAGUGGGAUCUGCCAGGCAGUGGGCUGCGAUCGACAACUGGGGAGCAACGCCAAGGAGGACAAUUGUGGGGUCUGUGCAGGGGAUGGCUCAACCUGCAGGCUCGUCAGGGGACAGGCUAAGGCACACGGCUCACCAGAAAAAAGGGAAGAAACUGUGAUUGCUGUACCCCAUGGGAGUCGCAGUGUGAGAAUUACCCUGAAAGGACCUGCACACCUCGUUAUAGAGUCAAAAACACUGCAAGGAGAAAAGGGAGAGCACAGUUUCAAUGUUCCUGGAACAUUUGUCAUUGAAAAUACAACUGUGGAAUUUCAGAAGAGCACAGAGAGGGAAAUCCUAAAGAUCCAGGGACCUCUUGGAGCAGAUUUCAUUAUCAAGACCAGGUACUCUGGAUCAAAAGAAAGUGUUGUUCAGUUCUUCUUCUAUCAACCCAUCAGUCAUCAGUGGAGACAAACAGAGUUCUUCCCCUGCACGGUGACGUGUGGAGGAGGUUAUCAGCUGAACUCAGCUGAGUGCGUGGACAUUCGCCUGAAGCGCGUUGUUCCUGACCAYUACUGUCACUACCACCCCGAGAACAAGAAACCCAAACCAAAGCUGAAAGAAUGCAACAUGGAUCCCUGCCCUUCCAGUGAUGGAUUUAAAGAAAUCAUGCCCUAUGAUCACUUCCAGCCCCUUCCUCGGUGGGAACAUAACCCAUGGACUGCGUGUUCAGUUUCCUGUGGAGGUGGAAUUCAGAGGAGAAGUUUUGUGUGUGUAGAGGAGACCAUUCAUGGAGAGAUACUGCAAGUGGAGGAAUGGAAAUGCAUGUAUGCCCCAAAGCCCAAAGUCAUUCAGACCUGUAAUCUGUUUGACUGUCCAAAAUGGGURGCAAUGGAGUGGUCUCAAUGCACUGUCACCUGUGGCCGGGGGCUGCGUUACCGGGUGGUUCUGUGCCUCGAUCACCGYGGGCAGCACGUGGGGGGCUGCAACCCUCAGCUCAAACUGCACAUCAAGGAGGAGUGCAUCGUGCCCACACCCUGCUACAAGCCAAAAGAAAAAGGUCCUGUGGAAGCAAAAUUGCCAUGGUUUAAACAGGCCCACGAAAUGGAAGAGACCGUGACAGUGUCAGAAGAGCCAACGUAA